AUCGAAUUCGAACAUUGGAGAAUGCCUGGUCCUAACUGUUUCUGUUUCGCAAACAUUUGACUCUUUCUCAUAAAUUCCUGCGACUCCAGAAAUAUAAACCAGAUCUCUUCAACGAAUUUUACGAAUACAAAUUAUAGGCGUCUGGUCUAGCCAAGAAGCACUCUCCCACCAUGACUGCUCCUGAUCCCGCAGGCGUUGCUCUGAAGGACCAGGGUAACAAAGCGUUUGCUGCGCACGACUGGCCAACUGCGAUCGAAUUUUACACCAAGGCUAUUGAGAAGGACCCAAACCAACCGACAUAUUACAGUAACAGAGCUCAGGCCAACAUCAAGUCCGAGGCGUUUGGCUACGCAAUUGCCGAUGCGACGAAGGCCAUUGAACUCGACCCCAAUUUCGCGAAGGCCUAUUACAGACGAGCUGUUGCAUAUUCCGCGAUUCUCAAACCUCGCGAUGCAGUAAAGGACUUCAAGGCUGUUGUUAAGAAGUUGCCAGGUGAUAAAGAUGCGAAGCUGAAGCUCGCAGAGGCUGAGAAGCUUGUACGUCGGGCGGCCUUCUUCAGUGCUAUCGAGCUAGGAGAGGAACCUUCCGCGGCCGAAGGACUGGAUAUCCCUUCCAUGGUUGUUGACGCGGAUUAUGAUGGUGUUCGACUUGGCGAUGAAAUGACCCAGGAAUUUAUUGAUGACAUGAUCGAGCGCUUCAAGACCGGCAAGAAGAUACACAAGAAAUACGUUUACCAGAUUGUUCUCGCUGUUAAGAAGAUUGUGUACGACGAACCAACCAUGGUAGAGGUGGACAUCCCCGAAGAUGCGACGCUCACUGUUUGUGGAGAUACCCAUGGCCAAUAUUUCGAUCUCAUGGAGCUUUUCAGGUUGAAUGGCUUCCCCACUGACAAGCAUUAUUAUCUCUUCAACGGCGAUUUCGUGGAUCGUGGAUCUUGGUCGACAGAAAUCGCGCUCCUGCUAUACUCUUAUAAGUGGAUUCGCCCACAAGCGUUCUUCAUUAACAGAGGAAACCAUGAGACGGACGACAUGAACCGUGCUUAUGGCUUCGAGGGCGAAUGCAAAGCGAAAUAUAACGAGAGGACCUUCAAAUUAUUCAGCGAGUCAUUCUCAGCGUUGCCGCUGGCUACUUUGAUCGGACACCAGUACUUUGUCCUCCACGGAGGUCUAUUCUCUGAUGAUAAGAUCACCUUGGACGAUAUCAGGAAGUUAAACAGGCAUAACCAGCGCCAGCCUGGUCAAGAAGGACUGAUGAUGGAAAUGCUUUGGACCGAUCCACAAACCGAGCCUGGACGUGGCCCAUCGAAGAGAGGCGUGGGAAUGCAGUUUGGACCUGAUGUUACGAAGCGAUUCUGUGACAACAAUAACCUCACUGCCAUUAUCAGAAGUCACGAAGUGCGCAUGGAUGGUUACGAGGAAGAACACAACGGGAAGUGCAUUACAGUUUUCUCCGCCCCGAGGUACUGUGAUAGCACAGAGAACAAGGGUGCAUACAUCAACAUUGGGCCAGACUAUAAGCUGGAUUUCCACAAAUUCGAUGCCGUCCCUCACCCAGACAUCAAGCCAAUGGCUUAUGCUCACAGCUCGUUAAUGUCGUCGAUCUGAUCUGAUUUGGGAUUAUCGAAGUCCACUGUUCCCUCAUGAAAUCAUGCAUAAACUUCAAAUAUUUUGGGAAGAUAUAAUGGUAGCCUGGGGCGUUUUCGGAUCAUUCGCAUUGCCGGAAGUUGGAAAUGCACAUAUCUUAUACACUAGACUUUAUAUAGCCAGAAUGUAUAGUAGCCUUGCAUGAAUUGCUUGGG